AUGAGCGGUACUAGCACGUGUUGGCAGAGCUGGCAACACACACAGUACAUAUAUUUACACCUUAUUUGGUUGAUUGUUUUGGUGGUGUUGUUGCGCGGCGUCGUUAACCGGUAAUUCGCAUAUAUACUCUAAACUAUACACACACACACACACAAAAUGGGCAAAAACAAGCGCAAUGCAAAGCACAAAGCUACGCCGCAGCCAUCAAGUGAGCAUAAUAACAAUAACGGUAUACGCAUACCAAAAUUGCCCGAUAAGGAUCGCCGGCAAUUGAAUCAGCUGGCACAAAGUGCACUCGAGAUACUGCAAAAGAUGCCAACGAACCCCAACGAAGAGUGGAAAAACUAUGUAGAAGUGCAACGGGUACUCGAAUCGAUGAUGCAGCUCGAGAGGCCGCUGCAACGUUGCGCCUUCCCACCCAACCACAGCAAUGUGAAUGACAAGGCGCGUCUGGCCAAAAUGCAGGCGUUCAACGAAUGGGCCAAAGCGGGCGGUGUGCUCAGUGAUGCUGUGGAAAUUGCCAUAUUCCCCGGCUAUGGGCUGGGAUUGCGGGCCACACGUGACAUUGAGGCCGGCGAGCAGGUGUUGAGCGUACCCAGGCAACUGAUGUUCUCCGAGGAGCACUUAUCGGAAGCCGAACGCAACAUCUACAGCAGCCUGCCGCAAUUGACCAAUUUGAAUUUGUCGUAUGCGUUGGUCAUUGAGAAGAUGCGCGGUGCCGCCAGCUCAUGGUAUCCAUACAUCAAUACGCUGCCUGCCCUGUACAACACUGUGCUGUACUUUAGCGUGGAGCAGAUGCAGCAGCUGCGCGGCACUUCCGUCUGCUCGGCGGCACUGCGUCAAUGCCGCGUCGUUGCCCGGCAAUACAUCACGAUGUACAAGUGCGCCUACAUUCAGCCCAAGGGCAGCGUGGAUGCCUCGGUCGCCUCCAUGGCCAGUUUGUUUACCCAGUUUGGUCUCUGCUACGAUCUCUACAGAUGGGCGGUCUCCACGGUGAUGACACGUCAGAAUCUGGUGCCAAAGGAGCAGCAGCCGAGCGAGGACAUCUCGGCACUGAUUCCCUAUUGGGAGAUGGCAAACAAUCGGCAUGGCAAGAUCACCUCCUACUACGAUAGCGUGACACGUGGCAUGGCCUGCACCGCCCAGGAGGCGUGUCGGGCUGGCGAACAGUUCUUCAUCUACUACGGCGAUCGCUCCAAUGCCGAUGCUUUGGUGCACAGCGGAUUCGUGGACACCAACAAUCCAAAGAACUAUGUGGAGUUGCGUUUGGGACUGAGUUUGACGGACAAGCUGAGCAGCCAGCGAUCACGUCUGCUUGCCCAGCUGAACAUCAACAGCAUGCGUGUGCUGCCCGCACCCGAAUACAUUUCCGGUGAGCUUUUGGCAUUCGUGCGGGUGUUCAACAUGAGUGGCGACCAGCUGGAGCAUUGGUGCAGCAAUCUGGAGCGUGCCGUUGACUUGCUGCACAUUGAUUGUGCCCUCGAAACGGAUCUGGAGACACGCACCUGGCAGUACUUGUAUCAGCGUUUGAAGCUGCUCAUUGGCGUGCUCGAGGCGACGCUCAAGGAGACGGAUGAGGUGCAACAGUUGGCCGCAUUGCAGUUGCAGGAGGCAGCGAAUGAUGAGGCGAUUGCCAAGCUCGAGAUUGAUACGAUGCUGCUGCAGUAUCGUCAACUGGAGCGUCGCAUUCUCAAUGAUGCGCUGCUCUAUGUGCAGGAGCGUUUGAAGGUCUAAAUGCCAAGGAUUUAACUCGUAACUACUCUCCCAGUGGCCAUGUCAACAGCAACAGCAACAGCAAAACAGAGCAACAGCACAAUCGAUACACAGUUUUUUAAUUUGUUUUAAGAAAGCAGAAAUGAAAUCAAAUCACAACAAUCACAUGAAAACAAAGCAUUAUCCUCACUCAUUCAUGGAUAUACAUAUUUAUAUAACUAUUGUGUAACUAAUUUAAUUUAUUUGCAUUCUAAUUUAUUGUUAAAAUUAUGCAAUUAUGCAAAAGAAUUCUUUUUUUUUUAUAUAAUUAGUCGCUAAAUUUCGUCAUUUAAUAUUUGUUUUAUGUUUGUUUUUCAA